UGUGACUGAGGCCGGUCCUGGCUUUGUAACUCGCUCAAGAUGGCGGCGCAGUCACCCAGCGGGAUCCGCCUCAGCGCGCUUUGCCCGAAGUUUUUACAUACAAAUUCUACUAGUCACACUUGGCCGUUCAGUGCAGUUGCUGAAUUAAUAGAUAAUGCUUAUGAUCCUGAUGUGAAUGCUAAACAGAUAUGGAUUGACAAAACAGUAAUAAAUGAUCAUAUAUGCUUGACAUUCACUGAUAAUGGGAAUGGUAUGACUUCAGAUAAAUUACAUAAAAUGCUAAGCUUUGGCUUCAGUGACAAAGUCACCAUGAAUGGUCAUGUUCCAGUUGGAUUGUAUGGGAAUGGCUUCAAGUCAGGUUCUAUGCGUUUGGGUAAAGAUGCAAUUGUUUUUACCAAAAAUGGAGAGAGCAUGAGUGUGGGCUUCUUAUCUCAGACCUACUUGGAAGUCAUAAAAGCAGAACAUGUUGUUGUCCCGAUAGUGUCAUUCAACAAGCACCGACAGAUGAUUAAUUUAGCAGAAUCAAAAGCAAGCCUUGCUGCAAUUCUGGAACAUUCUCUCUUUUCUGCGGAACAGAAAUUACUGGCAGAACUUGAUGCAAUUAUGAGUAAGAAGGGAACAAGGAUCAUCAUUUGGAAUCUUAGAAGCUACAAAAAUGCAACAGAGUUUGAUUUCGAAAAGGAUAAAUAUGACAUCAGAAUUCCUGAGGAUUUAGAUGAGACAACAGGAAAAAAAGGGUACAAGAAGCAAGAAAGGAUGGACCAAAUUGCUCCCGAGAGUGACUAUUCCCUGAGGGCUUACUGCAGUAUAUUAUAUCUAAAGCCAAGAAUGCAGAUCAUCUUACGUGGACAGAAAGUGAAGACACAAUUAGUUUCAAAGAGCCUGGCCUAUAUCGAACGUGAUGUUUAUCGACCCAAAUUUUUAACUAAAACAGUGAGAAUUACUUUUGGAUUCAACUGCAGAAAUAAAGAUCAUUAUGGGAUAAUGAUGUAUCACAGAAACAGACUCAUCAAAGGUUAUGAGAAAGUUGGAUGUCAGUUAAGGGCAAACAACAUGGGUGUUGGAGUAGUUGGAAUUAUAGAGUGUAAUUUCCUUAAGCCAACUCAUAAUAAACAAGAUUUCGACUAUACUAAUGAGUACAGGCUUACAAUAGCAGCAUUAGGAGAAAAACUGAAUGAUUACUGGAAUGAAAUGAAAGUGAAGAAAAAUGCAGAAUAUCCUCUAAAUUUGCCAGUUGAAGAUAUACAGAAACGUCCUGAUCAGACAUGGGUUCAGUGUGAUGCUUGUUUAAAGUGGCGAAAAUUACCAGAUGGAAUAGAUCAACUUCCAGAAAAAUGGUAUUGCUCCAAUAACCCUGACCCACAGUUCAGAAAUUGUGAGGUUCCAGAAGAACCUGAAGAUGAGGAUUUGGUACAUCCCACUUAUGAAAAAACCUACAAAAAGAACAACAGGGAAAAAUUCAGAAUCAGACAACCGGAAACCAUCCCUCGGAUUAAUGCUGAUCUGUUGUUUCGGACAAUUCCUAUUCCAAGUCAGAACUUUUCUGCUGCAAAGGAAAGUGUUCCAAGAGGACAUCUUUCAGAAGCAGCAAAUUCUUAUACAACACGGCUUAUAAAUAAUCAUCAAGUUUCACCCCAGUCUGAACCUGAGAGCAACAGCCUGAAACGGAGACUUUCUACUCGUUCCUCAAUUUUGAAUGCAAAGAAUAGGAGAUUAAGUAGUCAAACGUUUGAAAAUUCAACUUAUAAAGAUGAUAAUGAUGAUGAAGAUGUAAUCAUCUUAGAAGAAAACAGUACUCCCAAACCCGCAGUUGAUCAUGAUAUUGAAAUGAAAUCAGAACAGAGUCACAUUGAGCAAAGUGUUGUUCAGGUUGAGCUUGUGAGUGAUAAUGAACCUUGUGUCCAGACUAAUUUAACAAGCACCUCAUCAUCCAGGAGUGAUCAGGGAACUACUGCAGCCACCCAGACUGAAGUACCAAGUUUAAUUGUUAAAAAGGAAGAAACUGUUGAAGAUGAGAUAGAUAUAAGAAAUGAUACAGCAAUAUUGCCCUCCUGUGGAGAAGCUGAAGUAAAGAUACAUGAAACCCAGGAAACCUCUGAUAAAUCUGCAGAUGAUGCCAGCUGCCAAUUUAAUAAACUGAGAAAUGAUCUACUUCUGGUUUCCCAAGAAAAAGAACAUUAUAAAAGACAGUGUCAUAUGUUUACUGACCAAAUUAGAGUGUUACAACAAAAGAUAAUAGAAAUGAACGACAAAUAUGUGAAGAAAGAAACUUGCCAUCAGUCUACUGAAACUGAUGCUGUAUUUUUACUUGAACGUAUUAAUGGCAAAUCUGAAAGUUCAGACUUUAUGGUAUCUCAGUAUCAGCAAGCUUUGGAAGAAAUAGAAAGGCUGAAAAAAGAAUGUAGUGCUGUGCAGCAUGUAAAGGCUGAAUGCAGUCAGUGUUCUAAUAGUGAGAAUAAAAGUGAAAUGGACGAAAUGGCUGUGCAGCUUGACAAUGUAUUUAGACAACUGGACAAAUGUAGUAUUGAGAGGGACCAGUAUAAAAAUGAGGUCGAAUUAUUGGAAAUGGAAAAAUCACAAAUUCGUUCACAGUGUGAAGAACUUAAAUCUGAAAUUGAACAGUUAAAAUCUACAAGUCGACAGAUAGCAACAGAUGUUUCAACUUCAAGUAACAUUGAGGAAUCUGUAAAUUGUAUGGAUGGGGAAAGCCUCAAACUUCGAUCUCUUCGAGUUAAUGUAGGACAACUGCUGGCUAUGAUUGUGCCUGAUCUUGAUCUUCAGCAAGUAAAUUACGAUGUUGAUGUAGUUGAUGAGAUUUUAGGACAAGUUGUUGAACAAAUGAGUGAAAUCAGUAGUACGUAAAAUAUAUUCUAUGAAAAAUAAAAAUAUUUGCUCAAUUCUUAUGGUUGUACAGCUCUCAAUUUUGUUUCAUAGAUAUAGGUAAAAGACUGAAGAACCAUAAUAUUUACUGUAUUCUAUGCAUUCAAGUGUGGUCACAAAUAUUGUGGACACAUUAUCAUACCUUUUGAAAUACCUGUGAAUUAUUAGUAGUAAGCAGCUGAAUAGCUAGCUAACUCAUAAUUCUGUUUUGAAUGUAAAUAUUUGAAAUUAAGUCUGCACAUAUUUUUUUAUUGCCCUAGAGUACUUAAGAAUUUUUCACCAGGAGCUUUUCAGGUUGCCCCAAACCUUUGUGCAAUUUUUUUCUGGUUUCCCAAAUUGUAUUUUUCUCUGAAUUGAGGGCUGUGCCAUAAUACAAAUGAGAAUGUUACCUUUCAUUUUAUUGUAAAGGAGUUUAAAUAGGAUUUUUAAAUGCUCUAAUAACGCUUCUGAUAUGGCUGUGAUUAUAAAUGAAUUGAGCAUUAAUGUUUCUUUUCUAUAAAUUCCUAUCUCCUGAGAUAUUUUAUCCAUGAAAAGAUGGUAAGUAGAGACUGACUCCGUUUCACCAGGAUUUUUCUUGUGCUGAGAUUGAGAUUGCCAAUCAUGGUUAGAUACAAAGUGUGUUUUUAUAGAACCAAGAAACAAUCUUUAGUAUUAAAAAGUAUUGAAAAUAUUAAAUGACCACCAAGUUUACUUUGAAGCCCAUUUUUGGCUGUUUAGUCAACAUGGAUUGGGCACAAUAAUUAUUUAAUAUUUCUUUUUGUGAAAUUUCCUGUACAGCUUUUUGUAGGAUUACUAUAUGUUGAUGUGAGUUGAGGAAGACAAUCUUUCUCAAACGAUACUACAUACCUUUUAUUAUAUUACAAACCUAAGUGUUUUAUAUCCUGGAGUUAAGGAACAAACUGCCCUAGGAUUAUAGUAUUACAUGCCAUAAAAUAUUAUGCUUUAUUGUUCCCAUGGUUUGUGCAGUUUUAAAGAGAUGGCUUUCUAUUAAAUAUAAUUAUGUAUAUGUAAUUAAGAAUCAUA